UUCCGUUGUCGACGCUUGUGAGCUGCAGAGGUAGUGAAGACGCUUGUCCUCCCCAAGGCCGUGAGGAGCUCGUCUAAAGGACCCACCGUUGCAAACAGAUCGGCCGUGCGCGUCACGGUCCUCGGAAAGGUCAGCCACAAUCAAGCCGUUUUAGAGCGCCCAAGUAUCGUCCAUCUUCGUCCAUUAUGGUCCUUUCUCCAAUGGCCCCGCUUUAUUCACGACGGUCUCAACACUUCGAACUCCAUAAUAAUGCGGUACAACACAAAAGGAGGGCGAGCGUGGAUGGGUACACGCAGCGAGUCGGACUUGUCUUCUCCACCUCCUCUCCAUCCAUCAAACUUCGACUUGCAUUCAUCUCCAGGCGGAUGUGCCCCAUUCCCACUGAUAUAGUCCGAAGGAUUCGCACUAGAGGGCAUCCACCGCGGAGAAGCUCGUCACGCCGAAACGAUGCUGGAAUUGAUCACUUGAUCAUUCGCAACAGGAACGCGGCCACACAGAUCAUGCAGCGCGGAAUCCAUCCUCCGCCCAGAGGCGGCACCGCGCACGGCCGCGCCGCGCGGCGACUUACACAGUCUCGCACCCGCUCGGCUACCCCGUCAGCUCGCUCCGCACUCGUCUACUCGUCUACCCCGCACCUCGUCCCGCUCGUCUAUUUCCGGCUCUGGACCCGGGCACCUUCCGGAGAUUUCCGUGUUUGAGCCUAUGUCCGCGUAGCACUGCCAGACCGCAGCCGCGGCCGGCGAUAAACGCGGCGGCGGGCGCGCGGCGAUGGCCGCGCACGCGCGCUCGUCUAUCUCGCUCGACGAGUGCCACAUUAGUGCGGAGAUUGAGCGGCCGCCACGUCCGCUGCACGGAUGUCGCGGACAUCCUGCGGAAUAUCCGGGUGGGUGGACCU